AUGGAAAGGUACAGAAACAAGAUAGGACUUGCUCAGGCAAUUUCAAAUGUUUCCAACAAGAUCUGGGCUUUUAUAGAUGCGGUAUUUGAGGUAACUGUUAUGUACAAUAUGGUGCAACAAUUAUCACUAAGAUUGUUUCAUACUGAAUCGCAUGUGGAGUUUGUCCUAACAUUGAUAUACGCAAAAUGUGAUGCAAUUGAGAGGAUAGAAUUGUGGGAUUCAUUAUAUGAAAUGGCAAGGAAUAUGGAUCAAGCAUGGCUUGUAGGAGGUGAUUUCAAUGUAAUAUGGGACGAAGAAGAGAAGUUUGGUGGGUUACCUGUGUCAUUGAAUGAAAUUGAUGAUUUUCGACACUGCAUCAACACUUGCAAUCUAUUCGACCUUGGAUUUAAAGGCAGCAUAUUUACAUGGUGGAAUGGGAGAGCAGAGGAAGACUGUAUAUUCAAAAGACUAGACAGAUGUUUGGCCAAUGUUGAGUUCCAACAAAUAUUUCCAGGAAUAGAGGUGCAACAUUUGUCAAAGACUGGCUCUGAUCAAAGUCCAAUUGCAAAUCCUUUUAUUCUUUUUAAUCACAAGUUAAAAAAAGUAAAGAAGGCCCUUUCAUUGUGGAGUAAGGCUACAUUUGGAGAUAUUUUCCAAAAGAUAGCAAGUAUGGAAGAGGUAGUGAUGGUUCAUGAAGCAGAAUUUGAAGCAAACCCUACAGGGAUGAACAGGGAAACAUUAAAAAAGGUUCAGGCAGAAUUGAUCAAAUGUCUGGCACUAGAGGAGAAAUAUUGGCAACAAAAGGCAGGCAUGACUUGGUUCAAGGAAGGGGAUAGGAAUACUAAGUUCUUCCACGCACAACUGAGAGGUAGGAGGAAGAGACUUCAACUUAACAGAAUUCAAAACAGUGGAGGAACCUGGAUUGAAGAAGAACAAGAGAUUGCAGAAGAGGCUAUCAAAUUCUACAAGGAACAAUUCACAGAAGCAGCUAAUAAUGCAUCAUUUGAUAUCGUAGAUCAUGUUCCUAAUCUGAUUAACGAUGAGCAGAAUGCAUAA